AAAUGGUCAGCCUCUGGCCAAUUAGCAAGUGGAGGAAAUGAUACUGUAUUUAUUUGGGACCAGUCUAAACCCUCUAUGACUCCGAGACAGUGGCUUCACAAAAUUGAGGGUCACAGAGCCACAGUGAAGGCCCUCACCUGGUGUCCAUUCCAGGCAAAUUUGUUGGCGACAGGCGGAGGUGUUGGUGAUGAGUCAAUUAAGUUUUGGAAUAGCCAUACUGGUGCCUGCUUGAAUUCAGUAGAAACUGGUUCUCAGGUCUGUGCUCUGUUGUGGAGCAAGCAAGAACGUGAAUUGUUAAGUGCUCAUGGAUAUCCACAUAAUCAGCUUACUUUGUGGAAAUAUCCAUCAAUAAAAAAGAUGGCAGAACUCUUUGGUCAUACGUCUAGAAUCCUUCACAUGACUCAAAGCCCAGAUGGGCACACCGUGGCAACUGCAGCUGCAGAUGAAACUCUGCGAUUUUGGAAUGUUUUUGAGACCCCUGAAGUUGCAAAACGUGCUCCAAAAGCAGCAGACUCUGAGCCAUUUGCCUAUUUGAGUCGCAUACGUUGAAGGAGAAAGACAAUCCAUAUUUCGUUCCGUUAGCAUGGGUACCUUCAAGUUAGGAAUUCUGAUCCUUAGAGAGAUUUGGCACAAAAACAGGUCUCUGUAUCUUACUCAUGUUUAUAUUGCAUGAUAACAAAUUUUGUUACGUUUCUUUUUUCUUCAAAUAAUAUUUUAGUAAUUACUAUUUUGAUAACUUUAUAUUAAUCAUCUUAGUUGUGGUGCUGCGAGGCAGGAUCCCUUGAUGACUUGCUAGCCUUGUGGCUCAUGUAUUUUUUAUUAUCUAGUUUGGAUAUGCUCUUCCCUCCAUAUUAUCAUUUAAGUGUUCUUUAUUCUUCACUCUAUUCUUACGCUUUCAGUUUCACUUUUUCUUUGAUGGAACAUUUUUCCUCAUAAAAAAUUUGAAGAUGAUGGGUCUUGCAGGGGAACUUGGUUAUCUCAUUUUCUACCACCAUCCAGCAGGAUUGUGCAGUUAUCAAAUGUGAUUGUAUGCAUACAUAAAUAUUUCCUUAAAAUCCUAGACAUUUUGCUUCCUGAAACUAGACACCAAAA